GCCCUGGCGCGGUCAGGGGGCGGGGGAAGAUGGCGGCGUCCCUGUGGCUGAGCGGCGGCGGGGAGCGGCUGCUGCGGCUGCUGCGGGCCGGGCGCUCGGCGCUGGGCGCGGGGCUCUCCCUGCCCGCCCGGGCAGGAUGGAGGCACCUGCACGGCACCUGGGAGCUGCUGGGUACACCUGGUAUUAAAGUUCUUAUGCCUGCGCUUUCUCCAACAAUGGAAGAAGGAAACAUUGUGAAAUGGUUAAAAAAGGAAGGUGACACAGUGAAUGUUGGAGAUGCAUUGUGUGAAAUUGAAACGGACAAAGCAGUGGUUACCAUGGAAUCAAGUGAUGAUGGCAUAUUGGCUAAAAUACUGGUGGAAGAAGGAAGCAAAAAUGUUCGCUUGGGCUCACUAAUUGGUCUGCUGGUAGAGGAAGGCCAGGACUGGAAGCAAGUUGAAAUACCAGCUGAUGCUGGUAGUCCAGCUUCUGUGGCUCCACCAGCACCUGCACCUGCCUCAGCUCCUGCAGCUCCUUCAGUUUCAGCCCCUCCUAAACUGCAACACCAACCUGGGAAAUUGCAGGUUCGCUUAAGUCCUGCAGCUCGCAACAUUCUGGAGACACACGGACUAGAUCCAAGCAAUGUCACACCUACUGGGCCUCGAGGAAUCUUCACUAAAGAGGAUGCUCUAAAACUUCUGCAAGAGAAGCAGAAAGGUAAACCCAGUGAAUUGAAACCUGUGGUUUCUCCAGCUCCUGCUGCAGUGCCUCCUCCUUCACAAGCAACAGCAGUGACUUCUUAUCCAAGGCCAGCAAUUCCACCAGUUUCCACACCAGGACAACCUGCUGCACCGGGUACAUUCACAGAAAUCCCAGCUAGCAACAUCCGAAGGGUUAUUGCUAAGAGAUUAACAGAGUCUAAAACCACCAUACCUCAUGCAUAUGCUGCUGCUGACUGUGCCAUUGAUGCUGUUUUGAAGUUAAGAAAAGAAUUGGCCAAAGAUGACAUUAAAGUAUCUGUAAAUGAUUUUAUUAUCAAGGCAACAGCAGUUACGCUGAAGCAAAUGCCAGAUGUGAAUGUAACGUGGGAUGGGGAAGCCUGCAGGCGGCUGCAGUCCAUUGACAUCUCCAUUGCCGUGGCAACGGACCGAGGGCUCAUUACGCCAAUCAUAAAAGAUGUUGCUGCCAAGGGAAUAAAGGAAAUUGCUGCCUCUGCAAAGGCUCUAGCAAAGAAGGCCAGAGAUGGAAAGCUGUUACCAGAAGAGUACCAGGGAGGAUCUUUUAGUAUCUCCAAUCUGGGCAUGUUUGGUAUCAGUGAUUUCACAGCAGUCAUAAACCCUCCUCAGGCCUGCAUUCUCGCUGUGGGCCGAGCAAGACCAGAGCUCAAGAUUGUGGAAGAUGAAGAAGGGAAUGAGAAACUUGAGCAGCAUCAGCUCAUGACAGUGACUCUCUCCAGUGAUGGUCGAGUGGUGGAUGAUGAACUGGCUUCAAAGUUUCUGGAGACCUUGAAAGCCAAUAUAGAGAAUCCAAUGCGACUGGCCUUAAAUUAAACUCAGGGAAGAUUGCUUCCUGUUUUGACAACAUAGAUAACUAUUAUAUACUUAGGGUUGUUUUUCUGUAUAGAGGAGUAAAUAGCUGAAGAUGGACUGUUAAAAAUAUUUAAUUUAUGAAUUAAUGUGAAACACUCAUGAUUUUAGUCUUCUGUAACAACCAGUUUUCAUACUGUAAAGCUAAAAGACUUUGAAGUUAACAUACCACAUUUCUUUAAACACAUAGUACCAAUGGCACAUGUUUGCAUAGGAAAGUCAAUCUCAUCUGUAAAAAAAACCUCAAUAAAACUUCAUGAAAUAUAAAAGGGAUUAAUAGAAUAAUUUGGGUUGGAAGGAACUUGUAAAGAUUGUCUAGUCCAGCUUCUACAAUGACCAGGGAUGUCUUCUGAGCCCCACCCACCCUGACCUUGAAUGUUUCCAAAGAUGGGAGAUCUUCUGCCUCUCUGGGCAACCUCUAAUGUCUUUUACCACCCUCACUGUAGAAAUCUUCCUUGUAUCUAGUUUGAAUCUACCUGCUUUCAGUUUAAAGCUAUCACCCCUUCUCCUAUUGCAACAGGCCCUGCUAAAAAUUUGUUCCAGUCUUUCUUAAAAGCCUAUUUUAAGAAUUGAAAAAACCAGAACCUAAUUGUGCAAGCAGUGUUCUCAUAGAGGUCCCAGUAUGAAAGGUCAAAUUUUGCACACUGAAUAGUUGCUGAUUAAUGCUGUUCUUUGCAUGGAUGGAAUGUAGAUGUAAGUAGAAAGUGUUUCAUCAUCAGUGUAAAUUGAAAUGUUACUCGGAGGCUCAAGUGCAGUGGCCUGAACUUUAACAGAAUUAGAUUGGUAUCUUUCUUACAUAUAAAUAUGGAACCACAUAUUGCAUGUAAAUGUUAUGAAAUAACUGUGUUUACAGGACCUCAUGAGAAUAUAAAUUGUCGAUAGAA